UUGGCUAUGUCAGUCGCAGUCCGGGCCCCGUUGGCGCGAUACGCGCCUCAUAAAACGAAUUCAGUUGCCGUUUUUAAAAUCAGUGGUUACAAGUUUAACGGAAAUUUUCCCUUUUCGCCACUGUAGCCAACAGUGUGCGGCGGAAAUUUAAUUUAAACAAAAAAAAAAGAAAAUAAAAAAUGGCAGUUUUUGGAUUGGUGUCAGCUGUGGCUGGCUUCGUCAAAGUACGAUACUUAGUAGACAAAGCAAUAAUUGACAAUAUGAUAUUUAGAUUUCAUUACCGAGUUACAUCGGCGAUUUUCUUCACGUGUUGCAUCAUUGUCACUGCCAAUAAUUUAAUAGGUGAUCCUAUAAAUUGUAUUUCCGAUGGUGCUAUACCUAAUCAUGUAAUAAAUACAUUUUGCUGGAUUACGCACACGUUCAGUAUGCCACGAAAUUUGAAUAAGCCAAUAGACGAAGUGGGACAUCCAGGAUUAGGAAGUGACGAAGGACCAAGACGGUAUCAUUCAUACUAUCAGUGGGUACCAUUCAUGUUAUUCUUCCAAGGUGUUCUCUUCUACGUUCCACACUGGAUGUGGAAACAAUGGGAAGAGGGCAAAGUAAGAAUGAUCUCCGAUGGAAUGAGAGGCAGUCUCAUUGACACUAAAGAAGAACGUCAAGCCAGAUCGCAACGUCUCGUUCAAUACGUCAUCGAUACAUUGCAUCUGCACAAUAGCUAUGCCGCUGGUUAUUUUUUCUGCGAGGUCUUGAAUUUCAUCAACGUCAUCUGCAACAUGUUUGUAAUGGACAGUUUCCUCGGCAAUUCAUUUUUCACAUACGGAACCGAAGUCUGGGACUUUAGUAAUAUGAAUCAGGAGAAUCGUCAAGAUCCAAUGAUUGAGAUAUUCCCACGAGUUGCCAAGUGUACAUUCCACAAAUUCGGUGCCUCGGGAACAUUGCAAAAAAUUGAUACUCUCUGCAUUUUGGCACUGAAUAUUCUCAAUGAGAAAAUUUACAUUUUCCUCUGGUUCUGGCUCAUUAUUUUAGCAGUUCUGUCAGGUUUUGCCCUCGUUUACAGUAUGUCCAUUAUUUUAAUGCCAAGUACCCGAGGAUUUAUUCUCAAGAGGCGAUUUAAAUUUCACACGUCGUCAGGCGUCAAGUCCCUCGUACGAAAAACACAGGUGGGAGACUUUUUACUUUUGCAUCUACUCGGUCAGAAUAUGAACAUGAUGAUGUUCAAUGAAGUAUUGGACGAGUUGUGCAAUAAUUUGCAUAUGGGAUCGAGCAGUGGCGCAUCGCCAACUUCAGUGCCAUCAGCGCCAAGUACUCUGGAGAUGAAUCCAAUUUAUCCAGAAAUCGAGAAAUACGCUAAGGAUACAGAAAUCUAAUUUUUUUUUCCCCCUUUGCCACCCCCCGCAUCUUUGUGAUACUACAGAAGCUGCCUCGUGAUCAAUGUCGAGAGGUCAAAUGGAAAGUUUGCUAUCCUUCUCCUGAUUUCAAUUGUAAUUAUGGAAAUAAUUUGCCAGUCGACGAACAAAAAAAAAGAGAUUACGAGUUGUCAAAAAUUACAUAAUUUUUGACUCAAAAAAUGUAAAUAAAUUGAAUCUCCCAAAUCAGGAUUAUGGAAGGAUUUUCUUAUUAACAAAAAAAAACAAAUCUAUAGAAGCAUCAAAAGCGUGAUUCUAUAAGUGGAAAAAUUCAUCACUGGUCCAUUUGUAGAAAUCAUCGAAAGUGGUGCAAAUUUUUUUUUUUUGAAACCAUAAAUAAACGCUCAGCAAUAUUUAAAUAACCAAGAAGCCAAUGGAGGUUUAAGUUUAGAAAAAUUUUCGAUGGAUUCGGCUACAUUUAAAAAUGCGUACAAAGUAGCAAUUUAGAUGAAUGUCGGCUCGCUUUGGAGCAAUGGGCUGUGACUUGAUAAUUCUGUAUGCAAAUCCAAUUUUUUUUUCUAGGCUUCAUUUAAAACAAAAAAAAAAGAGGAGAAAAAAAAUCUAGACAAUAAAUCAUCGACAGACAAUAAUUUACCUCACAGAAUAUAAUAAUAGCUUUUAUCGCUCGCGUGACAAAAUAUUAGACAAUUAUUAUUAUUAAUUAUUAUUAAUAUUACAAAUAAUGCUGCUACGUUUUAUAUUAAUCUAGCAAAUCUGCAAAAUUUAUAAUUUCAUUCAAGAAUCUUUAUUCAAAAGGAAUUUCCUUACUGUAAAAAUUAUUUUCAAUUUUUUUCGAAACUAAUUCACGUUUCAUAAAAAUUCUCAUUUUUUUCAAAAUUAUUUUAUGGAAUAUAAAUUGUUAGUUUCGUGAAAUAAAAAUUUAAUUGAUUUUGCUUAAAACUUUUAAAAUAAAUUUUUCAAAAUUUUCUGUAAUUACAGUAUAUUCAGCGCUAAAAUUAUUCUUUAAAACAAACAUUAAAUUUAAGUUUUUUAGAAUUCGAAACUAUCCGUAGCGAACGAAUUACAAAGCAUAACGAUUGAUUAUAUAAUUUCUCUUGCGAACUAUUUUUCAUUGUUUAAAAACUUUAGGCAUUUAACUAUAAUUGCCGAAUAACGCAAUUGAUAAACAAAAAAAUGACACUAAUACGAUCUUUUCUUUUGUAGUUGAUAGUUUUGUUCUUCAAUUAAACACAUAUAUGUAUAGUUUAUUUUAUAUACGAUCCCGUCCGCAGUGAUAUGUUAAGUUAGCCUUUCGAGGAAGAGAACGACACGGAUCAAUUUAAGAAAAUAAUAAUUUUCUAUGAUGUGCCUUUUAUAAAAUAUAUGAAAAUAAAGAAACAUAAGUUUUUUUUUCUAGUUAGUAAGUUUAGAAAUGGAAAUAUAUAAUCGCUUGUAAUUAUUUUUUACGUCAAGUGAGAUGGCUCACUAGAUUAAAAUUGUCUAGUGAGAAGACUGCUAAUUUUGUGCAACGUCGUAAAUAAUUGUGAACGUAGAUCAAAAAAUAAAAAAUUCUUUCUUGUAAA